GCUGGCAUUUCACGUUUCGUCACAAGCGCGGGCACGAAAACAAAUCGUGCUCCGGUGUGGGAGAGAAGACGCGGCCUUGCUGCUCGAAAGAAAUUAGGGUUAGGUUUUGUUUUCUGCCAUGGCGGGCGCUGGUAUGCACCCUUACCAUCAGCCUUGGACGCCAUCUCCUGCUCCUGUUAUGGCACCAGAAGCUCAUCACAUGAGUGUUAACACCCAAGAUGAGGUCAGAACAAUCUUCAUCUCUGGCCUUCCCGAUGAUGUAAAGGAGAGGGAGCUCCAGAAUUUGUGUAGGUGGUUGCCUGGUUAUGAGGCCUCACAAGUUAAUUACAAAGGAGAACAACCCAUGGGGUUUGUCUUAUUCUCUACUGCCCCAAUGGCAAUGGCUGCCAGAGAUGCUCUUCAGGAACUGGUUUUUGAUGCUGAGGCAAAGUCUGUGCUAAGAACUGAAAUGGCAAAGAAAAACUUGUUUAUCAAAAGAGGUGUUGUUGGUGAUUCCAAUUCUUUUGAUCAAAGCAAGCGCAUGAGGACUGGUGGAGAUUAUAAUCCUGCAGCUUAUCCACAUCCUCCCUCUUACCCCCCUGCUACUCCCCCUGCCUGGGGACCCCAGGGCUAUAUGCCUCCAUCUGCUCCAUAUGAUCCUUAUGUUCCUCCUUAUGUCUCUGCAUCUUCUGCUCCUGCACCUACACCCACACCGGCUGCUUAUGCUCCAGUUCAGAACAUGAAAGAUAAUCCUCCUUGCAAUACUCUUUUCAUUGGUAAUCUCGGUGAAAACAUUGUUGAGGAAGAACUGAGGGGACUCUUUGCUGGACAACCUGGAUAUAAGCAAAUGAAGGUCUUGCGGCAGGAAAGGAAUACCGUUUGUUUUAUUGAAUUCUAUGAUGUGAACAGUGCCAUGGCUGUGCACCGCUCUUUGCAAGGCGCUGUUCUUCCCAGCUCUGGACGUGGAGGCAUGCGCAUACAAUUUUCAAAGAAUCCAUUUGGGAAGAGGAAAGAUGGAGCAAACGGCACCCCAGAUGCAAAUGGAACUCCUGCUUAUCAAUACGAUUGAGCCGAACACUUGAAACUUGCGGGCUUUGUGAAACAGACUGUUUUCUCAGAUGAAGCCCUGGGCAGCGACUGGAGCACCCUCUAAGAGAAUCCAGAGCUUAGUUUUCUGCUUCGUGCCCACUUCAAGGUAAACUUCGAUCAGGUAGGUAUAUAACCCCAAGAUGAUUCGGGAGUGCAUUCUCUUCACAUGAAGUAGUAUAUCCUCUUUUAUAAACAAUCGAAAAAUGUAGAUUUCUCCCUUUCCCGCGUGUUCGCCUGUGCCAUUGGUUUCUUUUCCCUUCCAAGUUUUUCCUCCGGUGAUUUUUUGUACAUUUUCCUAGCAUCUCACUAAUAGUUGAUAAAUUUGUGUAAUUUAUACAAACUUAUUUUGGGAACUAGUUAGGGCUCAGUUCAAGCUGUGUUAGAGUUAUCCAGUUGGCUGGUUUCCACCAAAUGACGAAUCAGUGGGUUGGAAUUUAUUUCAUGGAUUUCUCAUAUGGUCUUUUAUUGAAAUGAAAUUGUAUUGACGUUUUCCAUGGGACAUUAAAAUAUAUCUUGUCGAGAAUAUCCAAACUGAUAUCUUUGAAACUCUUCAAACAUAAUCUCUUUAAUCGAUUUCUCAUAUGGUCUUCUCUUGAAUUUUAUUGAUGUUCUCCAUGGAAUACCAAAAUAUAACUUCUUGGGAAUAUAUGAAGGUCUUUUGUGCCUCAUGUAUGAAUUUUCUAUAUCACCACUAGUGUUUAAAAAUUUGGUGGUUUGACUUGGAACCGCCUGAGUCAAACCGGAAUCGGAAUUGGCAAGUAGCCAGUCUGAUUUUCUCCCCAAGUUGGGACUUGACCUAAUACACCUAAAAAUCAUAUGAAUUCUUUUUAGUACAAACCAGUGUUUUGGAGUGAAUACAAGUUCCUAAAUGUUGUUCAAACAUUUUGAAACUUUUCAAAAUCUUGUUUGCAUUUUUUUUUGCUUCUUGUUUUAACUUAGCCUGGUAAGUCUAGCCAGGUUGCUGAGUUGGCCGGUUCGACUCGUAACCGGAUGGUGACAAUUGCAACCAACCGGUCCAAUUUUUAAAGCGUCGAUCACCAUCAUUAUUUUUCAAAAAGCUGUGAAGCAUUACCCUGGACGACUAGGUUUUCUCUUAAUGUACAAAAAAAGAAGUGAUGAUACUGAUGAUACGAGGGGUUUGAUGCUUUCCCCUCGGAAACCAAGAUUUUUCUUACUGUAUAUGAAACUGAAAGGGCUGCGUUUUGGCCCUCUCCCAAUAAUGAAUUGUAUUAGUUGUUAGUUAAAUUUAUGAAUUAUUUUUGGGUUGGUAUGUAAUGGAUUUGAACCCAAGAUCAUAGUGCCGCUGUACUCAUGCCCUUCAACGCUGUUAAAAUCUCAGCUGGGCAAGUUGAUAUUCGGACCUUGAACUUGAAGUAUUGUGUUGUCUUUAGGUAUUGAUAUUUUUGAAGUAC